AUGCCUCCAAAAGCACCCCCUCCGCCCCCUCCUCCGCCAGGCAGAGGUGGUAGGAAUGGGAAUUCGGCACGUGCCCCGCCCCCUCCGCCUCCGCCUCCAGCAAGUAUACGAAAUGGACCUCCCAGACCGCCUCCAGCAGCAUCAAGGCCUCCGCCUCCUCCACCAAUUGCGGAGGAGCGGCCACGAAAGAUACAAAAGGUGAAUUUUUCUCUGACCACCUCAAAUAAAGAGCAGCUUGAAGUCAGAAAGAGAGACUGGCUUCAACACCAGAAACUCAAGUUCAGAGAUAGCACCUCCACCAAAAAGAAGGGAGGAAUUGUGAGACCCCAAAAAGCUCAAAUGCCACCUGAGCAUCUACGAAAGAUUAUGCUUGAUCACGGAGACCUAUCCUCAAAGAAAGUUGCUCUGGAUAAGAGGUCCCAUUUGGGCUCGUUGAAGUAUAUGCCUCACGCGAUUCUUAAGCUUCUAGAAAACAUGCCCCAACCGUGGGAGCAAGAAAAGGAAGUUUCUGUACUUUACCAUAUAACAGGCGCCAUUACGUUCGUGGAUGAAGUCCCCAGAGUUAUAGAGCCUGUGUACACCGCCCAGUGGGCUGCUGCAUGGACAAUGAUGAGACGAGAGAAGCGAGACAGAAGGCGCUUCAAAAGAAUGCGGUUUCCCCCCUUUGAUGAUGAUGAGCCUCCAAUUGACUGGUCAGAGAAUCUAGAAGACGUCACUCCUCCUGAGGCUAUCCAGUUGGACACCGAUGAUAAUGUAGACUACUCGGCCGUUGCAGACAUCUUAUAUGAUGAGAGACCGUUCGAGGAUAACGAAGGUGGCAGUGUGAAUGGAGAAUCGUACAGAUUUUGGAAAUUGGAUAUCCCUACCAUGGCUUCUCUCUACCGCAUGUCAAGACCAAUUCUACCGCAUGUUACUGAUCCAAAUUAUUACUACCUCUUCAACAAGGAGGCUUUUUUCACUGCUAAAAGCUUGAAUGUUGUAGUCCCGGGUGGACCCAAAUUCGAGCCUUUAUUCAAAGACAAAGUCAAUAAUAAAGAUCUCGAGGAUUUCACGGAAUUUAAUGCCAUUGAUAGAAUCAUAUUCAGAGUUCCCGUCAAAACCGAGUAUAGGGUUGCGUUCCCAUACUUGUAUAACUCAUUUGUUAAAAACGUUGAGGUGCCGUGGUACCAUGACAAUAUUCGUACCAUCCCUAAGAAAGAGGUUGAGGAAGGAGAAAGACCUGGGUUCUUUUUCUCGAGAGAUUACAAUCCGAUCGAGCCACACAAAUUUUCAAUCGAAAAGGCUGAAGCUGAUCUUCAAGAUUUUGAUCUCGAUGAGAUUCAAUUACCAGAGGGAUUCGCCCCCCUCAUGUCAUCGACGUAUGACGAAAAAGAAGAUGCAGAUAUUCCCUUGCCAUUGGAACCAACACACACAGCUGACGCUCUCCAGCUAUGGUGGGCACCUUAUCCAUUCAAUCGCCGCUCCUCUGCGACGGUGAGAGCACAAGAUGUUGCUCUUGUGAAAGCUUGGUACAAGGAGAGACCUCCACGAGACGUUCCUAUUAAAGUACGCGUAUCCUACCAGAAGCUUCUAAAGGGAUAUGUUCACAACGAGCUUAGGAACCCACCAGGUUCUAGCAAGAGACUGACACUGGCGAACAGAAAGAAAGUGAGCUUGCUCAAAAGUUUGAAAAAUACAAAAUAUUUUCAGCAAACUAACAUCGACUGGGUCGAAGCUGGUCUUCAACUUUGCAGACAAGGUCACAAUAUGCUUAAUUUAUUAUUGCAUAAGCGUGGUCUAACUUAUCUACAUCUUGACUACAACUUUAAUCUUAAGCCCACCAAGACGUUGACUACAAAAGAAAGGAAAAAGUCGAGAUUUGGACACGCAUUCCACCUCAUUCGAGAGCUAUUGAGGAUUGUCAAGAUUAUCGUGGAUUCACAUGUUCAAUUUAGAUUAGGUAAUGUGGAUGCUUUCCAAUUAGCUGAUGGUAUCUACUACACUUUGAACCACGUUGGUCAGCUCACGGGCAUAUACCGUUACAAGUACAAAGUUAUGCAUCAAAUACGUGCUUGCAAAGAUUUGAAGCAUGUUGUUUACUCAAAUUUUAACACAUCCAUAGGCAAGGGCCCUGGUUGUGGAUUUUGGCAACCUGCUUGGAGGGUCUGGUUAUCCUUUAUCAGGGGCACAAUACCUAUGUUGGAGAGGUGGUUAGGUAAUUUACUCGCCCGUCAAUUUGAAGGUAGGCGUAGUAACGAUGUUGCAAAGACUGUCACAAAGCAGAGAAUAGACUCGUACUACGAUUUAGAGUUGAGAGCGCAGGUUAUGCAUGACAUCUUGGAUAUGAUACCGGAAGGUUUAAAACAGAAUAAAUCCGCAUUAAUUUUACAGCAUCUAAGUGAAGCAUGGAGAUGUUGGAAGGCAAAUAUACCAUGGAAAGUUCCGGGUUUGCCUGAACCGAUUGAGAAGAUUAUUGAGCACUACAUCAAAGCAAAAGCAGAUGGAUGGAUUUCAAUUGCCCAUUACAAUCGUGACAAGAUCAUGCGGGGUGCCACUGUUGAAAAGUCUAUGGUGAAGAAAAACCUCGGACGUCUCACUAGGCUCUGGAUAAAGAACGAACAGGAGAGACAACAAAAAUUUUCCAAAGAUGGCCCCUACAUCACUCCCGAUCAAGCUGUCAUUGUCUUCCAGACAAUGAUACAGUGGUUAGAAAGUCGAAAGUUCAACCCCAUUCCGUUCCCUCCAAUUUCGUACAAGCAUGACACGAAGCUUCUUGUUUUGGCUCUAGAAAACCUCAAGGAGAACUUCAAUGCUAAUGCAAGACUUAACUCAGCUCAAAGGGAGGAACUUGCUUUGAUAGAGCAGUCUUACGACAACCCUAAUGAAUGCCUAGCUCGAAUCAAGAAAUACCUUUUGACUCAGCGAAUCUUCAAAGAGGUCGGUUUGGAAUUGGUCGAUCAUUAUGAUCAUUUGUCUCCUGUCUAUACCGUUGAUCCAUUGGAGAAAAUCACCGAUGCCUACUUGGAUCAGUACCUUUGGUACGAGGCGGAGAAAAGGCAGCUCUUCCCAAAUUGGGUUAAGCCUUCUGAUGAUGAAAUACCGCCUUUACUCGUUUACAAAUGGUGUCAAGGCAUCAAUAAUUUGGAGGACGUGUGGGACACUUCGCAUGGACAAAGUAAUGUCAUGUUGGAGACGUCGCUUCAAAAAGUCGCAGAAAAUGUUGACUUCACAUUGCUUAACAGGUUACUUCGAUUGAUUGUUGAUCCCAAUAUUGCUGACUAUAUCACGUCGAAGAAUAAUGUCUCAUUGUCCUACAAGGACAUGAAUCACGUCAAUCAGCUUGGUUUGGUUCGCGGGUUGCAUUUUUCCUCUUUUGUUUUUCAAUACUACUGUUUGGCGAUCGAUUUGUUGAUUCUUGGCUUAGAUAGGGCUUCUGAGAUUGCCGGUCCUGUUCAGCAACCAAACGCUUUCCUUAGUUUCAAGGAUGUCGAGACAGAGAAGGCAAAUCCGAUCAGAAUGUAUUGCAGAUAUAUGGAUAAAAUUCAUAUCUUCUUUAGAUUCGAUAAUGAAGAUGCUGAGGGUUUGGUAUCUGAUUUCUUGGACGAAAAUCCCGACCCAAACAAUUCCAACAUUAUUGGCUACAAUAACCAUAAAUGUUGGCCAAGAGACUCCAGAAUGCGCCUUAUGCGAUCAGAUGUCAAUUUGGGGAAGGCCGUGUUCUGGGAGGUAUCCAAUAGAGUUCCUACCACUCUUGCUAAGAUGGAUUGGACCGAAUCCUAUGCCUCAGUAUACUCUCCGGAGAAUCCGAAUUUGCUUUUCUCCAUGUGUGGAUUCGAAGUACGAAUACUACCUAAGGUUCGCAUGACUGAGGAUCAGUCGUCACAAGAAGGAGUGUGGGAUCUAGUCAAUCACACAACCAAAGAACGUACAGCCAAGGCUUAUCUUAAGGUAUCACAAAAGGAGGUUGACAAAUUCCAAAAUAGAAUUAGACAAAUUCUUAUGUCCUCUGGGUCUGCGACAUUCACGAAGGUUGCUGCAAAAUGGAAUACUGCUCUUAUUUCUUUGUUUGCCUACUAUAGAGAAGCUAUCGUUGCUACGGAACCGCUCCUUGAUGUCCUCGUUAAGUGUGAGACGAAAAUCCAGAACAGAGUGAAGAUGGGUUUGAAUUCCAAGAUGCCUUCACGUUUCCCUCCAGCUGUAUUCUACACGCCCAAGGAGUUGGGAGGACUUGGUAUGUUGAGUGCCUCUCACAUAUUGAUUCCUGCCUCGGACCUCAAAUGGUCGAAGCAAACUGAUACGGGCAUAACACAUUUCCGUGCUGGAAUGAGUCAUCAAGAAGAAAGAAUGAUACCUACAAUUUUUAGGUACAUGACAACAUGGGAGAAUGAGUUCUUGGAUUCUCAAAGGGUCUGGGCUGAGUACGCAAUCAAGAGGCAAGAAGCUGCGGAGCAAAAUCGCAGAAUUACAUUCGAAGAUAUGGAGGCCAGCUGGGAUCGUGGCUUACCGAGAAUCAGUACUUUGUUUCAAAAAGAUAGACAAACACUUGCAUAUGACAAGGGACAUCGUGUCCGAAGAGAAUUUAAGAGCUUCUCAUUGACCCGUGCCAAUCCAUUUUGGUGGACCAACAGUCAUCAUGAUGGUAAGUUGUGGAACUUAGCCUCCUACAGAACAGAUGUCAUCCAAGCUCUUGGCGGGAUUGAUACGAUUCUUGAGCAUACCUUGUUCAAAGGAACCGGUUUUGACUCUUGGGAAGGUUUGUUUUGGGAAAAAGCCUCCGGUUUUGAGGAUUCCUUGAAGUUCAAGAAAUUGACCAACGCCCAACGUUCGGGAUUGAGUCAAAUUCCUAACCGUCGGUUCACUCUUUGGUGGUCCCCAACCAUCAACAGAGCAAAUGUAUACGUUGGUUUCCUCGUUCAACUUGAUUUAACGGGUAUCUUCCUUCAUGGUAAGAUACCAACGUUGAAGAUAUCUUUGAUUCAAAUUUUUAGAGCUCAUUUGUGGCAAAAAAUUCAUGAAAGUUUGGUACAAGACAUCUGCCAGGUACUUGACAAGGAGCUCGAGAUCUUACACGUGGACUCAGUGGAGAAGCAGGCAAUUCAUCCAAGGAAAUCUUACAGGAUGAAUUCAUCUUGUGCUGAUAUUGUCUUGACAAGCACUUACAAGUGGAAUGUUUCACGUCCGUCUUUAUUACAUGAUAAAAAUGACUCUCUUGAUAGUGCCACCGCUACAAAGUAUUGGAUAGACGUUCAGUUGAGAUUUGGUGACUACGAUUCACAUGAUAUAUCUAGAUACACUCGUGCAAAGUUCUUGGACUACACGACCGAUAGUACUAGCAGUUACCCCUCCCCAACGGGUGCAAUGGUAGGUGUUGACCUUGCUUACAAUGUUUACGAUAUUUAUGGGAAUUGGUUUAGCGGCUUAAAGCCACUUAUGCAAAAUGCAAUGAAGGAGAUCAUGAAGGCCAAUCCUGCUCUUUACGUCUUGCGCGAGCGUAUCAGGAAGGGGCUUCAGUUGUAUCAGUCACAGCCUCAAGUUGCUUUGUUGAAUUCGUCAAAUUAUGGAGAAUUGUUUAACGACGAAACCCAGCUCUUCAUCGACGAUACCAACGUUUACAGAGUCACGAUUCACCGAACAAUUGAAGGCAAUAUGACGACAAAACCCGUCAAUGGUGCUGUAUUCAUUCUCAAUCCAAAAACAGGGCAGUUGUUUUUGAAAAUUAUUCACGUCUCAGUGUGGGCGGGUCAAAAGAGACUAGGACAAUUGGCGAAAUGGAAGACGGCAGAAGAGGUUGCUGCAUUAGUGAGAUCAUUGCCUCGAGAAGAACAACCAAAGCAGUUGAUCGCUAGUAGGAAGGGAAUGCUUGAUCCUCUUGAGGUGCAUAUGUUAGAUCAUCCUAAUAUCAGCAUUCGUUCCUCAGAACUUCAAUUGCCUUUCGCCGCAUCUCUCAAGAUUGACAAAUUGUCUGAUGUUGUGAUGAAUGCAACUGAGCCUCAGAUGGUGUUGUUCAACUUUUACGACGACUGGCUCGAAAGCAUAUCAUCAUACACAGCUUUCUCGAGGACCAUUUUGCUUUUACGUGCUCUAGGUAUAAAUCAGGAGAGAACAAAUAUGAUUCUUCGCCCUGAUGCUAGCGUGGUGACUCAAAGUAAUCACAUAUGGCCAUCAUUGUCAGAUGAACAAUGGAUUGACGUUGAGACACAGUUGAGAGAUUUGAUCUUGAACGACUAUGCUAAAAAGAACAAUGUUAAUGUACAAUCGUUGACACAGUCAGAGGUGCGUGACUUAAUCUUGGGUCAGGAAAUCAAGGCUCCUUCUGCUAGAAGACAACAAAUUGCGGACUUUGAGAAUGCCAACAGGGAAGAUCCUGACAGCGCCAACGCAAAUCAACAACUCACCGCCUUGAAGACAAAGACUCAGAAUGUGCAUGGAGAGGAAAUCACGACUGUUACCACUACUAAUUAUGAACAGCUGGCAUUUAGCUCCAGAAAUGAAUGGCAAAGUCGAGCCAUUGCUGCGGGUAAUUUACAUCUGCGUACAAAGAACAUAUAUGUCUCUUCUGAAAGUUUUGAGGAUGACGAGAGUUUCACUUAUGUCAUGCCAAAGAAUAUCCUUAAGAAGUUUGUACAGAUUUCGGAUACCAGAACUCAGAUCGGAGCAUUUGUAUACGGGUCCUCCCCGUCUGAUAAUGAUCAAAUCAAGGAGAUCAAAGCUAUAGCCAUCGUUCCACAGCUUGGAAACUCCCACUCGAUUCAGUUUCCGAAAAUGAUCUACGACAAAUCCCAACAUGAAUAUCUCAAAGACCUUGAGCUUUUGGGAUGGAUUCACACUCAAAAUCAUAAUCUUGACAUGCUCAGUCCCGUUGAUGUCACCACUCUUGCUAAAUUCUACUCACAGAAUGAGGAUGUAUGGAACCCACGUAUGAUCACGUUGACUGUGUCACUAACGCCAGGAUCGGUGACAUUAACUGCAUUCGGAUUGAAGAAGGAGGGUUACGAAUGGGGAGCUACAAACAAAGACAUGAUAUCGAAUGCUCCAGCAGGCUUCAGUCCGACGUUCAGUGAUAAGAAGCAGCUCAUCAUGUCGGAUCGCAUAACAGGCACAUUCUUGGUUCCUGACGACAAAAUUUGGAAUUAUGCUUUCAUUGGUCCGGUUUGGGACCCCGCUGGUACAUUCGACUUGGUGAUUGAUAUCCCGCUUCCAUUCUAUCAUGAAUCGCAUCGCCCUCUUCACUUCAGUCUCUUCAAUGAAAUUGAAGGAAAUGAGCUUGAAGCUACGCAAGAGAAUAAUUUUGCAUGA